CAUUCUUCUUAAAUUAUAAUCACAGUAGUAACUGGCAAAUAAUUUCAAUCAUGAAAUUCCACUCCAUUAGCCUUGCAAUCAGCCUCUCGCUCGCCCUGGCAACCUCAUUCUAUGGCCAGGUUGAUGCAAAGAAGAUUACCAAAUCCAAGGUUGCUAUUCUUGGUGGUGGCGUGAGUGCCAUAAAUGCUGCUCGCCACUUGACAGACGCCGGAAUUGAUGACUUUGUCAUUAUUGAAGCCAGAGAAAUACUUGGAGGAAGAGCCCAAGAUGUUCCUUUUGCUGGAAUCAAUGUAGAGGCCGGCUGUAACUGGGUCCAAGGUCUCGGUGACAACCCCAUUAACCAGCUCCGUCAGAAAUACAACCUGACUACAUCAGUGACAGACGGCGACAGUCUCGCUUUCUUUGAUGAAAAUGGCAAAACAGAUGCCUCUGAAACUUAUAAUGCUUUUAUGGCAGCUUCUGAUCGAAUGACUGAACUCUCAUUUGAGAGAAUCAAGAAUGACCAAGUCGAUCUUUCGGCCCGUGCUGGUCUUGAUCUUGCGGGCUGGUUCCCACAGACACCUAUGGAGAAGGCAAUCGAAUAUUAUGUAUUUGAUUGGGAAAUGGGAGAAACACCAGAAGUGUCUUCUAUGCAGUUUUCUGUUGAGAACUCCAACUGGACAUACACUGGUUUUGGUCCUGACAGUGAUGGUGAUCUGUUUGUCACUGACCCAAGAGGAUUCAAGCACAUCUUUUUGGAAGAAGCCAAUUUGUUCUUGAAAAAGGAUGACAGCCGUGUCAAACUCAACAGUACCAUUACAAAGGUCGAGCAUAACAAGCGUGGAGUCACUAUUCACACUGAAGAUGAGAUCUUUAAGGCUGACUAUGCCAUCAGUACAUUCUCUAUUGGUGUUUUGCAAAACCAUGAUGUCGAAUGGAGUCCAGCCUUGCCAGCCUGGAAGAUGGAGGGCAUCUACGGUUUCCACAUGGCCACAUACACCAAGAUCUUCCUCAACUUCCCUACCCAGUUCUGGGGCGAUGAACAGUUCUCUGUGUAUGCUGAUCCCGACAAGCGUGGAUACUAUGCCGCAUGGCAGAAUCUCAAUGCCCCUGGUUUCUUGCCCAAGAAUACAGACACAAACAUCUUCUUUGUUACUGUCACCCAGGAGCAGUCAUACACCGUAGAGUCUAUGGAAGACAGCGAAGUUCAGGCCGAAAUUAUGGAGGUCCUGAAGACAAUGUACGGAAAAGAUAUUCCAGAGCCCACCGAAAUCUUCAUUCCUCGUUGGCAUUCGAACCCUCUCUUCAGAGGCAGUUACUCCAACUGGCCUGUCGGAGAGUUGGAAGAGCACCACGCCAACAUGAAAGCCCCUAUCAACAACCGCCUCUUCUUUGCCGGUGAAGCCAUGUCUGAGGAUUACUUUGGAUUCUUGCAAGGUGCCUGGUUUAGCGGUGCUGAGGUUGGCGACAAUGUUGCCCAGUGUAUCAAGGGAAGAUGUCCACCAGCUCCUUACUACCCCGAAAUCAACAAUGUCAACUUGAAGUCAGAUUUUGUCCGUAGAUAAAUCAUCGACAAUUUUACCUUACCAUAUUCUAAUUUAGGCUACAGGCUUUUACAGUCAAAGAAGUCUUUUUAAAUAUUAGCAUUAAUUUCACUUUAUUCCAUUAUAUUUUAUUCCAUUACUUAUUUAUUUAAUUUCAUCUUACUUAUUUCCCAACAUACACAUAUAUGAAAUAUAAUAUAAUAUAUAUAUAUAUAUAUACUACUAUUAGUAUAUAUAAAUUUUUGUUCUUCUUUCAACACUUC